CUUGAACACUGUGAUGUUAUUAAGCCUUUCAAACUACUACAGCUUGAAUUCCAGCUCUCAGGAAAGACUAGCAUCCCAAUGUAGGAUACAUGGCACAAGAUACAUCAUCGAGGAACAACAGCAAGGAUUGAGUGUAACAUCAGAACAAAGGAAAUGUCCCAGCGAGCAGAUGCCUCCCAGUGUGGGGGGGUUGUGGUGGAGUUUGAGUCUGACGACAUCAGGGAGGAAAGAGCCAAAAGAGCUAGGAAUAUACCAGGUUCAGCUCUUAUCUACCUCAAGGGUCCAAAGUUUCUCAUCUAUGUCAGUGGAGCAUUGUCAAUGUGGGGCGACCGCAUGUGGCACUUUGCAAUUUCUGUGUUCCUGAUUGAGCUGUACGGUCGUAACCUGCUGCUCACUGCGGUGUUUGGGUUGGUAGUGGCCGGGUCUGUGCUCCUGCUCGGGGCUUUGAUUGGAGACUGGGUUGAUCGCAAUCCCAGGAAUAAAGUUGCACAUGCGUCUCUUUUCAUUCAGAACAUCUCAGUGACAGUAUGUAGCAUUGUGCUGAUGUUGGUGUUCUCUUAUAAGCAAAGGAUUGAAGAGAUCUGGGAUGGAUGGCUAACUGUGGUUUGUUAUACGGUGGUGAUCAUCCUGGCAGAUGUGGCCAACCUUGCAAGCACAGCACUGACCAUUGCCAUUCAGAGGGACUGGAUUGUGGUUAUCACAGGCUACAACCGAGGUCACUUAGCUGGAAUGAAUGCAACCAUGAGGCGGAUAGAUCAGGUGACUAACAUCCUGGCCCCACUAGCGGUGGGACAGGUCAUGACCCUGGCCUCCAAUGUAGUUGGCUGUGGCUUCAUCCUGGGCUGGAACCUUGUGUCUCUGAUUGUGGAGUUCUUCUUCUUGUCACGGGUGUACCGCAUCGUCCCUGCUCUUUCAAUCAAACCACCGUCGGUUGAGGUGGAUCAGGUGUUUCUGCAGAGGACAGAGAGGAGAAUGUUACAAGGGGAAAGUAUUGUUUCACCACCUCAACUGCAACCUCUGACCGAAGGUAAUUGCAACACGAGCCUGAAGCUGAAAGAAAUCACCAACCUGCCGCUGUGUUUCCAGAGGUUUCGCUGGCUGGUGAGCACCUGCAAGGACGGUUGGAGGGCCUACUAUCGCCAGCCUGUCUUCCUGGCAGGAAUGGGUCUGGCUUUCCUCUACACCACGGUGCUGGGCUUUGACUGCAUCACCACUGGCUAUGCGUAUACUCAGGGCAUAAGCGGCUCUCUUCUCAGUCUGCUGAUGGGUGUAUCAGCUAUCACAGGGCUGAUGGGUACCGUGAUGUUCACUAGACUCAGGAAGUCCUAUGGCCUGGUUAACACAGGCAUCAUCUCGAGCUGCCUCCACCUGGGCUGCUUGCUGCUGUGUGUCUGCUCUGUGUUUGCCCCUGGCAGCCCUAUGGAUCUUAGUUUGCUGAUGCCCUACAUUACCUCCAACUCCUCUACUGACCUUGGAGGGAUGGCAAGUCAACGGCAAAAACACAUCUAUCCUCUUAGAGGAGGAAGCAAUCAACCACUGCUACCCGACCGCUCCUCCAUCCACUGGACCAACAACACUGUGCUCUUCGACAAUGUCCCCUCUGACACUGCGCCAGAAUCUUACAUAUCCAUCAUCCUUCUGUUCUUGGGUGUCAUCACAGCACGCAUUGGUCUCUGGUCCUUUGACCUCACAGUGACCCAGCUCCUGCAGGAAAACAUCUGUGAGUCAGAGAGGGGUGUGGUGAACGGGGUGCAGAGCUCUAUGAAUUACCUGAUGGAUCUGCUUCACUUCAUCAUGGUGAUCUCCGCACCACAGCCACAGCACUUCGGCAUCCUAGUCAUAAUAUCUGUAUUAUUCAUCACCACUGGGCACACCAUGUACUUCCUGUAUGCUCACAAAGCAAAGAGAAAACGCCGCCUGGACACAUAA